AUGCCGAGGGCGGCGAUCUCCGUCUCCACCUUCUGCUUCGGGUCCGUCGAGAUCGCGGCCACCGUCACCCGCGACGCCGCGGUCGCGGACGCCUGGGUCCGGGGCCUCCGCGCCUCCCACCCGCGCGGCGCGCCCCUCGUCGUCGGCCUCGACUGCAAGUGGAACAAGCAGCAGCAGCCCGCCCGGGGCCCCGCGUGGAUGGCCCCCCGGGCGGCCGUCCUCCAGCUCUGCGCGGGCGGCGCCGCCGGCUGCCUCGUCCUCCAGCUGCUCUACCUCGGCCGCGUCCCGGAGGUGCUGAGGGCGUUCCUCCGCGACCCGCGGGUGCGGUUCGUGGGCGUCGGCGUCGUGGGCGCCGCCGCGAGGCUGGCCGCCGACCACGGGCUCGUGUGCGCGGCGCCCGUGGAGUUGGCGGGCCCCUGCGACGACUACCUGGGCCUCGUGGGCGGGGGCGGCAGGCUGGGCCUCAAGGAGUACGCCAAGGAGGUGCUGGACCUCAACAUGGAGAAGCCCGACGCCGUCGCCAUGAGCGACUGGGAGAAGCGUGACCUGGAGCGGGGCCAGAUCGGGUACGCCGUCGUCGACGCCUACGUGUCCUACAGGCUGGGCGAGAGGGUCUUGUUGGGCCGCUGA